UUCACAAAUUAGUCGCCGAAGAGGAGAAGAGAACGGAAACGUUCUGUGAUUCCUCCACCACCAGGGGAAGGGGAAGAGAGAGAGAAGAUGAGCUAUCUAUUGACGACACUGACGAAGAAGCAAGAAGUGGAUUCGAUCAUCAGAGACACCAUCGACAAAGUCCUUGUCCUCCGCUUCGGCAGACCCUCCGACGCCGUCUGCCUCCAACUCGAUGACAUCCUUUCUAAAUCAGCAAGGGAGGUGUCCAAGUUUGCAACUGUAGCGUUAGUCGACAUUGAUUCGGAGGAGAUUCAAGUUUAUGUCAAGUAUUUUGACAUCACUUUGAUACCAUCAACAGCGUUUUUCUUCAAUGCUCAUCACAUGAAGAUGGAUUCAGGGAGUGCAGAUCAUACGAAGUGGGUGGGUGCAUUUUACAGAAAGCAAGAUUUCGUUGAUGUCGUAGAGACAAUAUUUAGAGGGGCCAUGAAAGGCAAGCUGAUAGUGAGUUGCCCCCUGCCUCCUGAGAGAAUACCGAAAUUCCAGUUAUUAUAUAAAGACGUGUAGAGAGGUGAACCUUGGUUUCUAUAAAUUUUUAUGAGUCUAUUACUUCUAAUGAUAAUGAGAACAUUUUUAUAUCUUCACUGAUGUAAGAGAACCUUACUUCAUCCCUAUGUAAAUUUCUCACUGUAAGAUUAGUAGUCCGUGUGAUAUUUGACAAAACGUAUCUUUAUAUUCCGUUGCUUCAGGCGUGCUUUUUACUAUUAUUGAUUUGAGUGAACACUGUAAUGUAAAAGAUGGUAGUUCUCUUA